AUGGCUCCACUCUGGACACUGGUUCUCGUGUACAGCCUGCUCACAGGGACCUCGGGGGCUCUUCUGGACAGCGUUGUUCAGCAAGCCUCAGCAGCUGGCAGUGUGGAUAAGCUACUUCAAGGUGGCAUCCAGAAGCUAAAUGACAACCUGGCACUUCAGGAUUCUGGGGUUUCACAGCUGGUCCAGCAGGUGUCUGGGCUUGGCAGUUCUGUUUCGGGGCUCCUUUCCCUGCAGAAGGCUUUGGGGUUGAAAAUCAGCAACCCACUCAUCGUGAGCAUCAAACCUGAAGUGACUAUGGAUGGACUUAAUCUGAGGAUCCCUGUCACGACCGACGUCUCGCUGACCCUGCCUUUCGUAGGCCAGGUCGUCGAUGUCAAGGCCUCCCUGGACCUCCUGUCUGCAGUCAAACUGGGGACGGAUGCUGAGACCGGCCUGCCCACGGUGGUCGUUGGAAGCUGCAGCAAGGACGUAGCCAGCGUGUCACUCACCUUACUGAAAAACUCUCCAGUGCUUAGCCGGGUACUGAACACUGUGACCACUGCCGUGUCCAAUGUCGUGUCCCAGUUGGUGGAGGACGCGGUGUGCCCGCUACUCAACAAUCUUCUCCAAAGCUUGGACGCAGGGCUCCUGCAGAACCUCAUAGACAGUGCGUAUGGGCCAGGGGAAGGGCGCCUGGCUGGACGGGUGCAAAGCAGCCGCAGCAAGUGGUACAGAACAUCCCCCUGUGAGGAAGCCUGCCAUGACGCCCGCCUGCAGACUGAGCUGAACGGCUAG